AUGAAAUUAUCUCUCAUCUUAUCACUUCUCUUGUUGGGCACAGUGUCUUCUCUUCAGCUGAAAAAUGAGGCCCUUGAGCUAGAGGCAUCAGAGGGAGAAAAGGCCUUGGUUCAGGAGCUAGAGAUUCCAGAGAAAGGGGAUAACUUGACCACAGGGAAUGAGGAAGAGGAUGAUGAAGGGAAUGAGGAAGAGGAUGAUGAAGACAAUGAAGUUGAAGCUUCUGAACAUGAUGACAAACAUUGCCCAAAGGAAGAGGAUGUAGUCCAUGUGCUGGGUACCCCAGAAUGUAAGACCUGCCGGUUCCUGAUUGUUAAUAAAUUAAGGAGAUUCAACAGGGCUCGGAAAAUCUGCAAACGUUGCUAUCAUGGCCAUCUGGUCUCUAUCCACAGCUCCCACACCAACAACCGCAUCCGGUGUUUGGCUAGUAAACUCAACCAGAGCCAGAUCUGGAUUGGAGCCAGAGUCAGGGGCAGGUCUUGCAGAAAGAGAUUUUGGUGGGUUGAUGGGAGUCAUUGGACAUUUUCUUACUGGGCAGCAGGCCAACCUGGAAAUGGUGGGGGCCGAUGUGUAGCCUUUUGUACCCGAGGAGGUCAUUGGCGCCGAGCCCCAUGCAAACGUCGCCUGCCUUUUGCCUGCUCUUACUGA